UACGUAGAGACGUAAGGAGGAGAAAAAGCGAGUAAACCUGACAAAGCGUCUACGUAAAACGCUGCGAGGAGUGUCGGCGAACAGAAGAGGACACAAACUGAUGGAUUUAAACACAUCGGACAUCUGUAUUUUUCUUCCUCUUCAUGUCACAUCCACGCUCGUUCUGAUUUUCUUUUGAGCUGACAAGUGCACAGCUGGAUUUUUUUUUCUUUUUUUUCGCCCUGGAAGAAGUAACGUAGAAACUUGACGAGGAGGAAAGUUUCGGGGCGACUUUACUGUGCCUUUUUUGUUUUGUUGUGUUUUCACCCCACUUCCACGGAAAAUACGUGUAGAAGUGCUACGGCAUUUGUUUGCAUGGCAGCGGACUACUCCUCGAGUCUGUCUCGGAAUAUAUUCUGUGGUUUGAUUUGAGAGUGGAUUAGUCAACUCCAAACAGCGUUUCUUUUCUUUCGGAGUUGGGAGACAUUCCUCCGUCUGGAUUGAGCCCAUGUUCUGUCCUCCCUAAUCCGUGCAUGCCAAAACAGAGCUCCGCGAUUUUAUUGCAGUCUGCCCAGGUGAACGGGUGAAUUCCGGUGCGUGACAGUCCAACCAGGCAGCAGUUGAUGGUUUGGCGGACCCCCUCAGAUGGGAUCAGUGUCCAGGGGGCGGCGAAGAAGUGGGGUAUGGGGAGCGCUGGCCCCCUCUAACAGGAUGGCCUCGUGGGCCUGGCUGCUGGUUGCCGUCCUGCUGUCCCUGAUGACUUUCAGCGUGGCCCGGCCACCCCUCACCACCACCAAGGAAGAGGAGGUCACUCUGGAACCUGAAGACGCAUCGAACAAAUACCAAAUUUCUAAACCCACGGUGUGCUCUGUGCACCCGGGGGAGGUGUUGAAGCUGAGCUGCCCUCUACCAGCAACGGGGACCAUCACCUGGACCAAAGACGGCAGCUCUCUGGGCUCCAACAACCGCACACUGAUAGAGCAGGAGGUGCUGCAGAUCCGUGACGCCACACCCAAGGAUUCAGGGCUGUAUGCCUGCACCAGUGUGGCCAAAGACACAGUCUGCUUCAUAGUCAAUGUCACAGAUGCCAUCUCGUCGGGGGAUGAUGAGGAUGAUACAGAGCGAACAGAAGACACAGGGGCGGAUGGUGAACAGCUAAGCCCCCCAUACUGGACCUCGGCUGCAAAGAUGGAGAAGAAGCUGCAUGCAGUGCCAGCUGCCAACACAGUCAAGUUCCGCUGUGCUGCAGGAGGCAACCCCCGGCCCACGCUGCGCUGGCUUAAAAACAGCAGGCCUUUUAGCCAAGAGGACCGCAUGGGAGGUUAUAAGGUACGAAGUCAGCACUGGACCCUUAUUAUGGAGAGCGUGGUUCCAUCAGACAAAGGCAACUACACCUGUGUGGUGGAGAACGAGUUUGGAUCCAUCAGCCACACCUACACCCUGGAUGUUGUGGAGCGGUCGCCUCAUCGGCCCAUUCUCCAAGCCGGCCUGCCUGCCAACACGUCAGUCUACGUUGGAGAAGAUGCCCGCUUUGUCUGCAAAGUAUACAGCGACGCUCAACCUCAUAUCCAGUGGCUGAAACACAUCACUCAGAACGGCAGUCGCUAUGGCCCCGAUGGGCACCCUUAUGUCAAAGUGCUCAAGACCGCGGGUGUAAACACCACAGAUAAGGAGAUAGAAGUUCUCUACUUGCCCAAUGUAACAUUUGAACAUGCUGGGGAGUAUACGUGUUUGGCGGGUAAUUCUAUUGGGAUCUCCUAUCACACUGCUUGGUUGACGGUGCUUCCAGCUGCCGAGAAAAACAUGGAGCCCCUUUCUCCCGAUUAUGUGGAGAUAGCCAUUUACUGCGCCGGCGUCUUCCUCAUCGCCUGCAUGGUGGGCAUCGUGGUUGUGUGCCGCAUGAGGAACACGGCCAAGAAACCGGACUUUAGUGGCCAACCUGCAGUUCACAAACUGAGCAAACAGAUCCCUCUGCGCCGCCAGGUGUCUGCUGACUCCAGUGCUUCGAUGAACUCCAAUACGCCACUUGUACGCAUCACCACGCGGCGGAGUUCUGCACACGAUGACCCGAUCCCAGAGUACGACCUUCCUGAAGAUCCGCGCUGGGAGUUUGCAAGGGAGAGGUUGACCCUGGGCAAACCGCUCGGUGAGGGAUGCUUCGGCCAAGUUGUAAUGGCAGAAGCUCUUGGCAUCGAUAAAGACAAACCCAAAGAGGCUGUAACUGUCGCUGUCAAGAUGCUGAAAGAUGACGCCACUGAAAAGGACCUGUCUGACCUGGUGUCGGAGAUGGAAAUGAUGAAGAUGAUCGGAAAACACAAGAACAUCAUCAAUCUGUUGGGGGCCUGCACACAAGAUGGCCCUCUGUAUGUCAUCGUGGAGUACGCUUCCAAAGGUAACCUUCGGGAGUACCUCCGAGCCCGCCGACCCCCUGGAAUGGAGUACUCCUACGACAUUGCUCGUGUCUCUGACGAACAGCUCACUUUCAAAGAUCUGGUCUCUUGCACUUAUCAAGUGGCACGGGGCAUGGAAUACCUUGCAUCCCAGAAGUGUAUACACAGAGACCUGGCAGCCAGGAAUGUCCUGGUCACAGAAAGCAACGUCAUGAAGAUCGCUGACUUUGGCCUGGCCCGCGAUGUCCAUAACAUCGACUACUAUAAAAAGACGACCAAUGGUCGUCUUCCUGUGAAGUGGAUGGCUCCCGAAGCGCUUUUUGACCGAGUCUACACUCACCAGAGUGAUGUGUGGUCAUUUGGGGUGCUCAUGUGGGAGAUCUUCACCCUUGGGGGGUCCCCGUACCCUGGCAUUCCUGUAGAAGAGCUCUUCAAGCUGCUGAAAGAGGGCCAUCGCAUGGACAAGCCUGGCAACUGCACCAACGAGCUCUAUAUGAUGAUGAAAGACUGCUGGCACGCCAUCUCAUCCCAUAGACCCACAUUCAAGCAGCUUGUUGAGGAUCUGGAUCGCAUUCUCACCCUCAGCACCAAUGAGGAGUAUCUGGACCUGUGCUCCCCCACGGAGCAGUAUUCUCCAAUCUUCGCCGACACUCGCAGCUCCUGCUCUUCCGGCGAUGACUCUGUGUUCUCACACGAGCCCUUACCGGAUGAGCCGUGUCUCCCUAAGUAUCAGCACAUCAAUGGCAAUAUCAAAACAUGAGCUCCCCUCUGCAAACUCAAAACCCAAAAGACGCUCAGCAGAGACACUCGCCUUGAAAUUCUCCCAGCUUCCUGGCCAGCUCCAUUUGGUCCACCUUCUGGCUUCCAGCUGAUUUUUGGACCCCAUCGGGAUCAGGCUGGCAGCGCAUGCACUACAUCCUACAUUCCCUCGUGUCUUAAGAGGAUUUGGACCCAUGCAAGCUGAGCUUUUUACAGACUGGAUGAACUGACAUUCCCAAGGGUCCUUAUCUCUCGUUUUUCAUAUCAACAGACUUUAAUUUUUUUUUUAUGUAUAGAUAAAUAUUAGUUUGUACACAGAGGCUUGGAAUGUACAAUGUUUGGAGACCUCAUUCCAGUGGCUGGCAUUCCAAGACUUUUAUUUGCUCCUGGAGGAAUGUAUGGACCAAUAUGAACUUCAAGAAGAGGACUAAAAAUAGGAAAAGGACUAAGAGACAAAGCUUUGACUAACAAAACCGAGGAAGAGGAAAGCGCAUGUAGAAACUACUUUCCUGUUUAUUUUGUAAUAUUGAUGCCUUUCUUUUUCACUUUUCACAAUUAUUCUAGUGAAAAGGUUCACAGUACAAUGUGUAGUUCUGGGUGUAUUUGUAAAUAUCUUCAAAUAUGUAUAAAUAUAUAUUAUAUAUUUACAAUGAAUUAUUUUUUGUAUGGACUCAAAAAUAAAAAGGUACUUACCCCACCUUACACCACUCCCCUUUACCCAUUUUGGGGUAAUAGGUAGGUCUGCACACAAACGCACACGCACACACACACACACAGACACACACACAAUUAAAACCUGUCCCACACACACACACAGUAACACAUGGUUAAGUAUUGGCUUUCAGGGACUGAGGUAGCAUGUUAAUUUAUUGACUUGUGAUGUUUGUAUUAAUGAGUAAGUCUGGAGAAAGAACAAAAUCAAUAUGAUGUUAUUAAUACUGAAGAUAUCUAAAUAAUCCUUAAUGUAUGGUAAUUUAAAAAUGAUUUCUCUGCAGUCAAGAAAAAAACGGUUAUUUUUAGUGGAUUUGACAGAACCACGUUUUCUAAGUUUUAUAUAUGUGAAUAUUAAGUUAAAUUUUGGAAAUUUGUGUACAUUAUAUAGUAGGCUAAUUCCUUUCUCAUGUAGAUCUUGGUGGCAUUUUGUAUCCAAACCUUUAACCCUUUCAUAGCUUUACUUUAGAAAAUGAACUUUUUCUAGAUUGAUUGCUCCUGGGUCAACGGAACGCUAAUCAUCUGCUGCCUCUUUUAGAUUAAACCCAGAAUCCAACUUAACUUGACACAACCGAACACUUAGAGUAUGAAAUCCUUAAAGUUGUUUUAUUUUCUACUGGACCAACAUUAAGCUGUUCCGUUGCAGAUGUUCUUGUCACAUUUGCAAAUAAAUAAUUAAAACAA